AUGCCUCCGAACAAUAAUGACCGAAUCUCCGGCGAACCACCGUCGACCUCGCCAGCUCCGCCACCGCCAAAGCCGAAAACAAGGAUUCUCUCUCUAUUCCUCGUUGGUGUUAUCAUGAUUUCAAUCUUCUUCAUCUUCCUCCUCCUUAUCGGCAUCGCCUCUGUUCUUAUUCUCCCUCUCCUCCUCUCUUCUCUCCAUCGCCACCACCGACGCCGUCGUCGUAAUCGCCGACACGAAUCCUCAGGUGGGUUAUCCUCAAGGUUCGUGAAAAAGCUUCCCCAAUUCAAAUUCUCCGAACCCACCACACGGUACGGGAGCGAUUGCGUGGUUUGUCUUGAUGGACUCAGACAAGGACAAUGGUGUCGGAUGCUUCCCGGUUGCGGACACGUGUUCCAUCGGAAGUGCGUGGACAGUUGGCUGCUCAAAGCCCCGACUUGCCCGAUUUGCAGAGCUAGUGUUAGAUUGAAGGAAGAAGAAGAGGCACAAGAAGAAGAAUUGUGGAGAUGUUUUGGUCAUAGAAGACGUAGUUUGAUAGAUUUGUGA